CUUUAAAAAAUUGGCAUUCAUUUUGUGUCUGAUCUGUCAAUAACUUGUCCUAGCUGCCAUUUAUUUAUCCCUCAGACUUAUUAAUUUGGUCAAAAGUGAUUAAUUUUCUUGUUAUUUACCAAUUGCAGUUUGUAUUGUGUAUUUUAGGAACUGUGUCAUGCGAUUAUAGUCGGAUACCUUGUGUUACGCGGCGGACAUCUUGUUUGAUGCAGUAGUAGUUGUCAUCGCGUCAAGUCACAGAAAGCUCCUUCGCGAAGUGGAAGAAUUUGGGUUUUUACAUGGAAAUAGGCAUGAUGUCGGAUGAAAUGCCUAUUAUGGGACCACCAUCUGUCACUUGUUUAUAUGGAAAUUAUAAAGAAUCGUCUCCUGAUUAUGCCCGAGAGCGUGAUUUGUGCUUGCAGUGUUUUGAAAAGUGGAGCGAAUCCGAACAAACUGAAUUUGUUGAACUACUUUUAACCAAAAUGCUUCAUCAUCAACACAGCCAGAUAAGUUCAUUUUUACGACCUAUGUUGCGGAGAGAUUUUAUAUCCCUCCUUCCUAAAAAAGGCUUAGAUCACGUUGCAGAAAAUAUUUUGUCCUACUUAGAUGCAAAAUCACUUUGUGCAGCCGAACUUGUGUGCAAAGAGUGGUAUCAAGUGAUUUCUGAAGGUAUGCUAUGGAAGAAAUUAAUCGAACGAUGUGUCCGAACUGAUUCAUUAUGGAGAGGUUUAAUGGAAAGACGAGGUUGGAUUAAAUAUUUGUUUAAACCUUCUCCCGGAGAGCCACAUCCAGAUCACAUGUUUUAUCGGAGGCUGUAUCCUAAAAUCAUCCAAGAUAUUGAAAAUAUUGAAACCAACUGGCGAUGUGGUCGCCACACUCUUAAAAGAAUCAAUUGCCAAAGUGAGAAUAGCAAAGGUGUAUAUUGUGUGCAAUAUGAUGAUCACAAGAUUGUUAGUGGUUUGAGAGAUAAUACUAUAAAAAUAUGGGAUCGUACCUCUUUGGAGUGUAUACAAGUUCUAACUGGUCAUACUGGUUCAGUUUUAUGUCUUCAGUAUGAUGAUAGAGUUAUUAUUAGUGGAUCCAGUGAUUCUACUGUCCGUGUAUGGGAUGUCAAAACUGGUGAACUCGUCAAUACUCUUAUUCAUCACUGUGAAGCUGUUUUACAUUUACGGUUUAACAAUGGCAUGAUGGUUACUUGUUCUAAAGAUCGCUCUAUUACUGUAUGGAAUAUGGUUUCACCAUCUGAAAUAACAAUUCAACGAGUGCUUGUUGGUCAUCGAGCUGCUGUUAAUGUUGUAGACUUUGAUGAAAAAUAUAUUGUUUCUGCCUCUGGUGACAGGACUAUUAAGGUGUGGAAUACAUCUACUUGUGAAUUUGUUCGUACUCUAAAUGGGCAUAAACGAGGAAUAGCUUGCCUGCAGUACAGAGACAGGUUAGUAGUGAGUGGUAGCUCAGAUAACACAAUAAGACUGUGGGACAUUGAAAGUGGUGCUUGCUUGCGAACUCUUGAAGGACACAAAGAAUUGGUAAGAUGCAUACAGUUUGAUAACAAAAGAAUAGUCAGUGGAGCAUAUGAUGGAAAAAUUAAGGUUUGGGAUCUUGCUGCUGCUUUGGAUCCGCGUGCACCUGCUGGUUCUCUUUGUUUACGUACAUCAGUGGAGCAUUCUGGCAGAGUUUUCCGUUUGCAGUUUGAUGAUUUCCAGAUUGUGAGUAGUUCUCAUGAUGAUACUAUUCUGAUUUGGGAUUUCCUGAAUGGAACACCUCCAGAAACACCUCAAAUGACUCUUAGAUCUCCUUCCCGUACAUAUACUUAUGUUUCUAAAUAAUUUAUCUGAUGUGAUAACAUAAUAUGUGUUAGAAAAUUGUGUUAUUAUUAUAUUAUAUGCAUGUUUAUAUGUUCCAAAUAAACUUGCAUUGCUAAUUAGGAUUGAACAAAAUGGUUGUGAUGAAUGUUUGGGCCCAAUCACCUAUGUCCUAUUAUGUUUCAAUUGCAUCAGGGUAAAAAGUUUUAGCCUUUUUUCUUUUUCUUGAUGCUUAUUAAAAUAUAGUUCCUUUUUACAAUAAACUGCACUCUGGUUGGAAAAAAAUCAUCUAGUAUUCUUGUUAAUAGCUAUAAAAAUGCAUAUUACAUUUAAAGUCUUGUUUUGGCUGACUUGUUCCAAAUUACAUGCAUAAUGAUAUUCUGUUUAAACAAAAAUAUUCCAAUUUACUACUGUAUUGUAGUUGCAAUGAUGAUUUAAAUAAUUGUGAAGGAAUCAUUUUUGUGAUUAUCAUUGUGAAGGAAAACUAUAUUGUGUUUUCAACAAUAAUGGUUUUCUAAUACUUUAUUGCACAAUAUUAAUCAUCGAAAAAUCAUGCUUUUCAUCCAGUUGCUGAUAGAAAUGAUGUAGAAUGCUGUUUAGUAUAUAGAAAAACAGACUUGAAAUAAAAUUUUACUGUUGUAAAAUAUAAUCCAGAUUUUUUUUUUUAUUACAAUUUAGGGUUUGAUGGAUUUUCAGUCAUUAAUUCAUAUGUGUAAAAAAAAGAUUCUUAUCUUUUAAGUUGCGUGUCAACAUAUUGCUUGUUAAUAUUAUAGUUUAAAAAGAGAAAAUUUCCAAACUUGCUGCUUUAUCAUCUAAGCACCUAUUUUGUUACUAAGUUGUCUUGAAUGCUUGUAUAUCAAAAUCGUACCUAGCUAUUAGAAAUUUUAAAUAAACUUUCUAAUUAUUUUUUUCACUUACAAGUUAAAAAUGUUGAUUCUAGAGAAUUUUUUAACUCUUAUUUUUAGUAAACUUAUAUAUGUCAUUAUUUUUGUCUCAGUGGAAAAAUUUAUAAUUUGUAAAAUCCAUAGUUAGCAAUUUCUAUUUUAAAAGCAUUUUUGUUUUUAAAACUAAAAAUUUGUUGUUUAAAGUUAAAAUGCAAUAAAUUUUUACCCAUAAACAUUAUAUUUUUAAAAUUGCUGAUUCUGAUUAUAAAAUAAGCUCAUCAAUUUUCCUAAUU